AUGAUAGCAGUAAAUAUAGCUGCUAGUUCCGCAAAUGAAGAUGAAGAAAAUGUGAUAACUAUUGCUGAUGAAAAGAAAGCCAUAGGAGUGCCUAGACUAGAAAGAGAACUGUCUGUAUAG